UGUUCCGGGUGUCAGCGCGCUGAGCUGGACCGAAUCGGUCGAAAAGAACCAAAGAAGAAGAAGAAGAGGAAGAGGAGGUCGAGGAAAUGAAGAACAAAGUGAGCAGCACUCAAGUGAGUGUGAAGAGGCGGUCCUGGUCCUGGCAGCAGUACCUGAAUGAGCAGAAGGCAGAAGCGGCGCCGGCCUCCCUCUUUACACAGGCCCAGUCCUUUCCCAGCAGGAGGAGCGGGUUUAAAGCGGGCCUGAAGCUGGAAGGCAUCGACUGCCUGCACCCCUCCAUGUUCUGCGUGCUCACGGUCGCCGAGGUGAUUGGCUGCAGGCUACGUCUCCAUAUCGACGGCUACUCGGAGUGCUAUGACUUCUGGGUAAAUGCUGACUCGACAGACAUCAAGCCCACGGGCUGGUGUAAACAGCACAACCACAAGCUCCACCCACCCAAAGGUCACAGCGAGGCAGAGUUUGACUGGCAGGGCUACCUGCAGUCCACGGGAUCUGAAGCUGCUCCGCCCACCAUGUUCACCUGUGGCUCUGCAGGCUGUGGCUUCCAGGUGGGGAUGAAGCUGGAGGCCGUGGACAAGAAGAACCCUGGUCUGGUCUGCGUCGCUUCGGUUGCUGACGUGGUUGACAACUGCUUCCUGGUUCACUUCGACAACUGGGACGACACGUACGACUACUGGUGUGACAGCAGCAGUCCGUACAUCCAUCCUGUGGGCUGGUGUGAGGAGCAAGGACGACCUCUGACUGCUCCACAGGGGCAUCCCAACCCUGAGAACUUUGUGUGGGUGGAGUACCUUCAGGAGACUGGUGCCACUGCUGUUCCCUGUUCAGCUUUCACACUGAGACCUCCACACGGUUUCCAGGUCAACCACAGGCUGGAAGCAGUGGACCGUAGGAACCCCAUGUUGAUCCGGGUCGCCACAGUUACAGACACAGAGGAUUACAGGGUGAAGAUUCAUUACGAUGGCUGGUCGACACAGUUCGAUGUCUGGUGUGAUAGCGAUCUCUGCGACCUGCAUCCAGUGGGCUGGUGUCAACGCACAGGACACCCCCUGGAACCGCCCCCAGGUUCAUCCCCCCUGUCCCCGCCCUCUCAGGGACUGUGUCCUACUGCCGGCUGCAGAGGAGUUGGACACAUCAAAGGAGCCAAAUACACUGGACACCACAGUGCCUUUGGCUGUCCGUAUUCAGACAUUAACAUGCGUAAGGAGGUGCUGCUUCCUGAUAGGCUGGAAGGAGAGAGGUCCGUCACCCUUGUACCGGUCAUUUUAAAUCACCAUGGAAACCAGGCAAACAGGGGAGGAGUUCCGGUGAAGUCAGACUCUGGAGAUGAAUCGCUGCUACUUCCUCUGGCAAAGAGAAGAAGACUGGCUGACAGGUUGGUGCACCCUGACAAAUUACUUCAUGUGAAACAGGAAGAGGAGGAUCUUCAGCCAGGAGCCGUCACUUCAGGAACGGAGUCCAGUCUGCAGGCCGUCCUGCACCAGUCCGUCUUCCUGUCAGCCAUGUCGGCGCAGCCCGGACGGGACCUGUCGCUCUGCUGGGAACAACACCGGAAACUGCUGCCGGGCGUCAGGGGCGUCCACGCAGACACCGUCCAGCACUGGAGCGUCCAGCAGGUGUCGGAUUUCAUCGAGUCCCUCCCCGGCUGUGAAGACCAGGCCAAACAGUUCAGGGACGAGCAAAUCGACGGGCGAGCUUUCCUGCUGCUCACCCAGCGGGACAUCGUCAGGAUCAUGUCCAUCAAGCUGGGCCCCGCCCUCAAGAUCUACAACUCCAUCCUCAUGUUCCAACACGUCAAGGAACACGGCCAACCUAAGGCCCAGGACAAGAGGCAAUCACACAGUGGUGGGGAGGAAACCAACCAAUCACACGGCCAGGACAAGAGGCAAUCACACAGGGAUGGGGAGGAAACCAACCAAUCACACGGCCAGGAGAAGAGCCAAUCACACGGCCAGGACAAAAAUCAAUCACACGGCGAGAAAAAGAACCAAUCCCACGGCGAGGAGAAGAGGCAAUCACACGGCGAGAAUAAGAACCAAUCACAUGGUAAUGAGAGCCAAUCACAUGGCGAGGACAAAAAUCAAUCACAUGUCGAGAAUAAGAACCAAUAUCACGGCGAGGAGAAGAGGCAAUCACAUGGUAAUGAGAGCCAAUCACAGGGCGAGAAUAAGAACCAAUCACAUGGCAUGGAUGAGAGCCAAUCACAUGGCAAGGAUAAGGACCAAUCACACAUCGAGGACAAAAAUCAAUCACAUGGCAUGGAUAAGAACCAAUCACACAGUGAGAAGAAGGACCAAUCACACGCCGAGGAAAAUAAUCAACCUCGGGGCAAGGAUGAGAGCCAAUCACACAUUCAGGAACUGAAACUUUGAACUAAUCACCUGAAAAUAAGCCCCUCCCCCUGGUCAUCCAGCCCCCCCGUCCCGUAUUUGUUUCACCCAAUCAUGAGUCAGAUAGGAAUUAGUGAUGUCACAAGCUCAGGUGUUUACGAGGAAACUGCUGCUUCUUUCUGUCCCUUUCCCAGAGAAGAGCUGAGCUCCUGCUCAGACUUCAGCUCUGCAGAGGGAGAGAUCUUAGAGAUCCGCUGCUCAACCUGGACCUGGAGUGGUCGUCGUGGUUACAUCACACCUGCCAGGAAACACCAACAAUGAGGAAAUAUUCUCCAAUAAAGUUGCUGCGAAUCCAGCAUUCAAUCAAGUUUAUUCCAAACGGGCCAGAGGACGGACACAACCGCACCAAAGAGGAAAGAUGUCAGUCACCUGAUCUUACUUGAAAGUUUAAAUAAAAACUCUUGUUUUUUUUUUUACAAUCACAAAGUCCUUAAAUGUCAUAGGAAAAUCUCACGCUCAGGAUGUUGAGACGGACGUACGGAAGCGUAUUGCAUUCACUUGAGAAAAAAAAAAUCUGCUCUGUUUUUCUGAAUUAACGACACAAUUAUCUCAGAAUUCUGAGAAAAGUUUUAAUUAAAAAAAAAUCUGCUCUGUUUUUCUGAAUUAACAACUUGCCAGAAGCUGUCAUUCACUUGAGAGCUGGAUUUCAUGGAAGCAAACAUGUUCCUGCCCAUUCUGAUCUGCUGGACAUUAUCCGGUUAAUUCAGAAAAACAGAGCAGAUUUUUUUUUUUUUAAUUAAAAUUUCAUCUCGUUAAUUCAGAAAAACAGAGCAGAUUUUUUUUUAAUUAAAAUUUCAUCUCGUUAAUUCAGAAAAACAGCAGAUUUUUUUUAAAUUAAAAUUUCAUCUCGAUAAUUCAGAAAAACAGCAGAUUUUUUUUUUUUUUAAUUUCAUCUUGUUAAUUCAGAUAAACAGCAGUUUUUUUUCUCAAGUGAAUGCAAUACGCUUCCGUACGGACGAGACAAAACCUGCGUUUCCACAAAAAUGAUAGAUUUUAGGUGGAGUUCAUAAAAAUAUCAAUGAUCAGAAGCUGUGUGCAUGAGUCGUAAUGGUUACUAUUAACGACGCUUGAAGUCUUCAUGCACCAGGUCCAGCAACAACUUUCACGUUUCUCAUUUUACGUCACGUCCAACCGAAUGCGUGACGUCACCGCGGCCCUGGCCGUCCCCGGCCAGUCCUGGCCGGCCCUGACCGGCCCCUCUAAUCAUUAUUCCUCUCAGGAUUUUGCUCCUCGGACGUAAACGAUGACAUCGCUUGUGAAAACAACCAAUAAGGCGUGUAGAACAUUUCUCCUGGUGGGCGGAGCUUCUCUUAUCUGCUGUGUUUCUAGAGUUCUAUUUUGAUGUUUAUAUAUUUGACUACAGAUUUGUAUUUCUGUCCUGCUGGGAUUCAAACCAAAAAGCUGCCGCUUCUCUCUGACUCCUCCCACUCUGUGACGUCACAGCGAGAGGGCGGAGCUGAAGGCCACGCCCCCCCAAACACUCCGGGAGGCGUUUUUGCUGCACAUGCUCAGUUUGGAAGUGUAGUUUCUCCUCAGGUUUCCACGGUAACAGCUGAUGUGGUGCAGGUCCUGGUGAUAUUUAUAUUCACUUCCUGUCUGCUGUUUCUUUCAGUGUUCGAAGAGAUCAAUAAAGUUUGUGAUCUGA